AUGACGGUGGCCCGCGGUCCGCCCGGCCGCCCCUCUUCCGGGCUCCUGGGCUGCUGGCGCCGCCGCCCGGCGCUGGGCUUCGGCGCCAAGGUCGGCAUCGCCAUCGCGCUUGGCCUCUCCUUCGCCAUCAUAUGGACCUCAGUCUCCCCGACUUCCUCCUCCCAGCAGAUCUCUACCGAGCGCUCCUCCUUCGCAGCCGAAGUCGCCGCACCGCCAACCGCCUCCCACAAUCGCACCGCCGGCGGCGGCGGCGGGCACGCUCACCGGAAGCCUCGCCCCGUUCCGCACAGCCACAAGAAGCGCCAUCCUGUUCCGUCUGGAUCCCAUUCCCAUCCUCACCGCUCCAAUGCCACCGCCUCGCCGGAUGCCGCCGCUGCGAAGGCCGAUCACUCCGAGCCGGCUCCGGUAACCGACCCGGAGCCGAAGGAGAAGCAACCGGAGCAGGAGCAGGAACAGGAGCCAGACAUGGAGAUGGAGCCGGAACAGGAAGCGGAGCUGCCCGUGCCCGAGCAGGGCGGGGACAAUUCGGGGAAGGCCCCUGCGGAGGAGGAGGAGGAGAAGCCGCCGCAGCUGGAAUUGGAAGACGAGCCCAGUGAGGGUGACGGCGAGGAGGAUGAUCCCGAGGCGGCGAAGAGGAAGGCUCCAAGUAAGAAGAGGAAGCUACCGCCUUUGUUCAGCCCGGGUGCACAUUACCAUUGGAAGCUUUGUGGCGCAAAGAGCGGCUACCACUAUAUCCCUUGUGUGGAUUUCGAUGGGGAUGGGAGCCAGAGGCACCAUGAGCGCAGCUGCCCAAGGUCUCCUGUGACGUGUUUGGUGUCACUGCCCAAGGAGUAUAAACAACCUGCUCCAUGGCCCGAGAGGAAGGGCAAGGUUUGGUAUGGGAAUGUUGGGCAUCCUAGGUUGUCAAAUUAUGUUAAGGGCCACAACUGGCUGAACCACAGCGGCGAGUACUUGACGUUCCCACCAGACGAAUGGGAGUUCAAAGGUAGCGCAAGACAUUAUGUUGAAUCAAUUGAUGAGAUGGCUCCUGACAUUGACUGGGGUAAAAAUAUACGCAUAAUAUUGGAUGUCGGAUGCAAAAGCGCUGGCUUUGGUAUUGCUCUACUCGAGAAAGAUGUGAUAACGCUAUCUUUAGGCCUUAUGAAUGACCAAACAGACCUUGCGCAAGUUGCCCUUGAACGUGGCAUCCCUGCAACAGUUGGCAGUCUGGGAUCACAAAGAUUACCCUUCCCUAGUGGUGCAUUUGAUGCUAUUCACUGCGGUGAAUGCAAUAUACCAUGGCAUUCUAAUGGUGGAAAACUUCUCCUAGAGAUAAAUAGAAUUCUUCGUCCAGGAGGAUACUUCAUCAUAUCAAGCAAAAGUGCUGACCUGGAGAGUGAAGAAGGAAUAUCAGCUUCAAUGACUGCGCUUUGUUGGAAUGCAAUAGCUUACAAUAGUGAUGAUGUCAGCGAGGCUGGAGUGAAGAUAUUUCAGCGACCAGCCUCAAAUGAGGUAUAUGAUCUGAGAGCAAAAAAAGAUCCUCCAUUUUGCAAGGAAGAGCAGAACAAAGCUAGUGCAUGGUAUACUCAUAUCAAACAUUGCCUGCACAAAGCACCUGUUGGUAUAGAAGAAAGAGGCAGUGACUGGCCUGAGGAGUGGCCCAAGAGGCUCGAGAGUUUCCCUGAGUGGCUUGGGGGCACACAAACAAGGGUGGCUUCUGAUCAUAACCAUUGGAAGGCUGUUGUUGAGAAAUCUUAUCUGGAUGGAUUGGGCAUUGACUGGUCAAAUAUCCGUAACGUAAUGGAUAUGAGGGCUGUAUUUGGAGGAUUUGCAGCUGCAUUGGCAUCUAAAAAGGUUUGGGUCAUGAAUGUUGUUCCUGUGCAUGCUGCAGACACCCUACCCAUAAUCUAUGAGCGUGGCCUGAUCGGUGUGUAUCAUGAUUGGUGUGAACCAUUUAGUACAUAUCCAAGGUCCUAUGAUCUUUUACACGCUGACCAUUUAUUCUCACGCCUGAAGAUCAGAUGUAAGCAACCUGUCUCAAUUGUUGUUGAGAUGGACCGGAUUUUGAGGCCUGGAGGUUGGGCUAUCAUCCGUGAUAAACUCGAGAUCCUUGACCCAUUGGAGACAAUCUUGAAAUCACUGCAUUGGGAAAUUGUCAUGACCUUCAGAAAGGACAAGGAGGGUAUCAUACGAGCAUGGAAGCGGCCCAGCCCACCAAGGCCCAAAUCUAAGCUUCCAAGUUCCAAAACCCAAAGGCCCGAACGGGUCCGACCUCGCACGCACCACCGCCGCGAUGUCUCCCUUCCCGGCGGCGACCACCGCCUCCACCACCUCCCACCUCGCCCUCCUCGUGCUCCUCUCCUCUUCCUCCCUCUUCUUCCUCUACAAAUCCCUCCGCCUCCGCCGCAAACCCUCCCCGGCCGCCGCCCGCACUGCUACUCCUACCCUUCUCUACGCUCCCGACUGACCGCCGAUGCCGGCUUCCCCGUCCGCGCCACCGACGCUGCCACCUUCGACCCCGACGACCUUCCCUCCGUACCGCUCCUCCUGCUCGUCAUCCCCACCCACGAAGGCGGCGGGCCGCCCCCUUCUGCGGCCUUCCUUUCGCGCUGGCUUGAGGAGUCCGCCGCUGACUUCCGCGCGGGGGCGCUCCUCCUCUCCGGCCUCCUCUUCGCCGUCUUCGGGGUUGGGUCCCAGGUCUAUGGGGAGACCUUCAACGCCGCCUCGAGGAGCUUCUCGCGCUGGUUGCGCGCGCUUGGCGCUGUUGAAGUUGUCCCUCUCGGGGAGGGCGACAUGGAUGGCGGGGAUCUCGAAGCGGUGUUCGAGGAGUGGAGUAGGAGGGUGCUGAGGGUGGUGAAGGGCGAGGAGGUUGGUUAUGGGGCUAAUGAAAAAAGCAAUGGGCUUGAUGAGUUGGAGUUGGAAGGGGAGGAUUGGGAUGAUGACGAUGAGGAGGAGAUGGUGGAUGGGGAGGUUGACAUGGAAGAUAUUGCUGGGAAAGCACCGGCAAGGAGGAAGAAUGGGAAUUUGGAGGGUGUUCCAGCUAAUGGAGUGCAGAACGGUGUAAAGGACAUGGUCACACCAAUCAUUAGGACGAGUUUGGAGAAGCAAGGUUACAAAAUUAUUGGCUCUCAUAGUGGAGUGAAGAUUUGUAGAUGGAUUAAGUCACAGCUGCGAGGCCGUGGAGGGUGUUAUAAGCACUCAUUUUAUGGCAUAGAAAGUCACAGACAUCACACAAAUCCUGUUGGAAAGAGUUGGAAAUGGAAGAUGGAUGACCCUCUUGACAUUGUGAAUGCUGCAAUUGACCAGCAUACUAAGAUGGUUAAGCAAAUGAAAGGCCUACCAGGAGUAAAGCCAGAAAAACUUGAAGAGGGUCUGUCACCUAGACAUUGUGUGUUAUCUCUGGUUGGUGAACCAAUAAUGUGCCCUGAGAUAAAUGCUCUUGUGGAUGAGCUACACCGAAGACACAUAUCUACGUUUCUGGUUACAAAUGCUCAAUUUCCUGAAAAGAUUAAGGCACUGAAACCAAUCACUCAGCUGUAUGUCAGUGUGGAUGCAGCUACAAAGGAGAGCUUGAAGGCUGUUGAUAGGCCACUAUUUUCAGACUUCUGGGAGCGUUUCCUGGAUUCACUCAAGUCAUUGCAUGAAAAAGAUCAAAGAACGGUUUACCGACUUACACUAGUUAAAGGCUGGAAUGCAGAAGAGAGAGAUGCAUAUGCGAAACUGCUAGAUCUUGGCCAGCCCGAUUUCAUUGAAAUCAAGGGUGUAACAUAUUGUGGCUCGUCAGCAACUUCAAAGUUGACAAUGGAAAAUGUACCUUGGCACUCUGAUGUAAAGGAAUUCUCCGAGGUUUUGGCAUCAAAAAGCGGUGGUGUAUACGAAGUAGAUAAGUUCAAGAUCAACGGCAAAUGGCAUACCUGGAUAGAUUAUGAUCGUUUCCAUGAACUGGUGACACCCGGAAAGCCUUUCAAGAGCAGAGAUUACAUGGCCAUGACGCCCUCAUGGGCUGUCUAUGGCGCAGAGGAAGGUGGAUUCGAUCCGGAUCAAUCUCGUUUCAAGAAGGAAAGGCGCCAUGGAACUGCUGCCCACAAAAGUUUAUCUUCUUGA